GUCGACCUUCUCAAUGUCUCUGAAAGGGAAGAAUGUCAGCUUUAUGAGGAAUGAACACAGCGCCAGAGAGGUUGGAAUAAAGGAGAAGAAGAGACGAAUAGUGGCGAUGACCGCCAAGGUCUGCGGCUGCGGCUUGCCCUUCACAGAGGGCACUAACCAGAUGCAGCCUGAACAAAAGGGCCGAUGUUAACAAUGGUGCGGGUGUGUUGUCUUGGUAUCUCACCAGCAUUGAGAUGGGCAAAGCCGUAGCGGGGACCGCCACGACCUUGGGGACAAAAGAAGCGAACAUACAGAAGCUUGCCUCGGUUCUCUCGCCCGUCCGCACCUGCACAGGUGCAACAUCCUUGCAUUCACGAAUCAACGCCCUCCUCCCUCCCUCCUUACUUCAUCAUAGUCAAUAAUCAGCCCCCGCAGGUUGGUCGUCAGGAAGGAGGCGCCCAGAGGUAUCCCAUUGAAGAGGCAGAAGACAGCCGACAGCGCCAUGUCUCCCUUGCCGCAGAAGACGAACAGCCCGUUGGUGAUGGCGUUGACGCAGUUGAAGGCCAGCCACGCCUUGUAAUCACCAAUCUGUUUGGCGAGCGUCAGCCACAUGGGAGCAGCGACGAUGGCGGCCACGAGAAAUAAGCAGACGGCCACACCGAGCCAGCACGGGGUGCUGCAGGUCCAGUGGGCGAGAUCGAGAUUGCUUUCGUAGCAGAAUUCCUCGGGGGCCGUGACGAACUGAAUGAAGAAUGGCAGCAUCGUUGCCGCCAUGUUAGCCACAGUGACAUCCAAUAUCCACGCCAGCACGAGGACGCGGAAAGGCGCGUUUCCCAUCGCACCUGAUACAAUGACCAAAACAUAGAGACAGACGUGCUUCCUCCUUUGCCUGUCUCUUUCUGGCUGCGCACCGAUGAAGCUGGGCACCUAGCGUGGCAAAAGAGACAUCAACCAUGCAGCAAUGUCAUAGAAGCGGCAUCUGAGGACGUACUAUUGUUUCGAUUUUUGUGAGUUUUGGCGCCUCAGCCCCUGUGGCGGCAACCGCCCCAGCCUCUGCAUCUCCCGCUGACCGAAUGCCUAUGAGGCUCGACUGCCGUCUUCUCUUGGAAGCGUUCUCUCGGAUCGCCCAGACGCAGUGGAGCAUAGUUGUGAUAUGCCAGAGAGCGAAGAAUCCCCCGAUGACGAGAAACGCCCCCUUCUGGGUGUGCGCCUGGCACUGCAGCAGCUGCCGUGCCUCGCACAACUUGGUGUCAGGCGCAUUGGUGCAGGCGGAGAGGUCGCACCUGUCCAUCAACAGGCCGAGGAGGACGGGGGACACCGAUGCGAUGAGGCUGCCGAGCCCCUCGAAUAUCUUGACAAUGAAGAAGACGCCUCGUCGCUCCUUGGGGUCGCUCGUCAGCUCCUGCCCCAGAGCAUUGAACGGGAUGUGCGUCAAGGUGUCGGCCAUGAAGAAGAGGAUAUAGAAGGCUCCAAACCAGUAGCUGAAAAGACAAGUAGAAGGGACAUGGUGUGCAACGGUGCUCUCCUUAUAUACUUCUGGCUGACCUGACUUCCGGCUUGCCGGUCACUGCUGUCGGCGGAUUGCACAAGAGGAACAGGAAAGCUCCAUACAGAAACGUACCCACAAGCAUAAAUGGCCGUCCUGACGUCACGAGCGCACACACACUUGGUGACUAUCGGCCCAUCUCGUGCACUUGUCUUGUCCUCUUGUGUGUUACUGCGUCCGUAGGGCGUCUCGGCUCCAUCAGUUAUGUUGGCCAUUAGCGGGUCCGUCAGCACAUCCAGCGACCGUCCAAUCGCCUGUAAGAAGAGAUUGAUAUUCAUGCUGCAAUCUGUCUCAUCUCGCGUGAUUCCUCACCUGAAAGAAUGCAAGAAGAGCCAGCGACGCACCCAGCUUCUCGUAGUGGACAAGAAUGUGGACGGUGAUCAGCCGCUGCAUGGACAUCUUAGCCAGUUCAGGGGCAGCGUAAGAAACGCUCUUCCACUGCACACGCAAACCGCAGUCCAGAAAACAGACACACAAGAUCCGUCAGACGCCUGCAUCGGAUGCGUGUUGUCUCUCUCUGUGGAUGCAUGUCAAUGCAUCUGUCGAUUCCAUCAAUCCAUUCGUCCACCCAUCUGAAAAAUCCAUACCAUAGGUACCUUCCCCUCCAGCGGGCUUGCGUUGGGAAAGAGGUCGACGUUGCGCUUCAGCAGCACUCCCUGUACCCUCUUCCAUGCCCCCCCACCCACCGACUGCAUCUUCUCCUCCGCCACUAUAGUGUACUCGCCGCUUCUCAGCUGGAAGGCCUCUGGAGGGUCGAACACAAGCUGCGUCUCAUCGCUGUGGAACACCGAGUACUCGUGCGACGACAGGCCGCCCAGCAGGGCAUGGCACUCCUGCUCAAAUGAACAUCAUCAGAGAAUGUGUGUGCACGCCGUUCUGCAUCUGUGUAUGCGACCUUCUGGAACGAUGAGCGCUGCUCUUCAAGCGCAUUCAGAUCUUCCUGGGCGACGGCCCGCCAGCGAAAGGCCUUUUUCUCGCCUUUGAAGUUGAUGGCAAAGGACAGGUAUCCACCACCGCAGCAGCCCAUGGAUAGAUCUCUCAAAUGCGAUGGAGUCGAG